AUGGUAAGUGACUGGAGCAAUGAGGAGCAUGAUUUCCCUCUGGAUAUAGAGGUUCAACCCAUUGAUGCAAGUGAAACUAAUGUCAAAUUGAAAGUGGCAUCCAUGGUUCCACCCAAAAAGGAUAAACGUCUUGACAAAAUCGAGCAACGUGUCACACAAAAUGACACUGAUUCGGAUAAAAAGAGUAAUGAGAAUAAUGAUGAAGACUCUCAGGAAAAAUCAGAAGAAGACACUGCUGAAGCUGAAGAAGAAGAAGUAGCUGAAGAAGAAGAAGGAUCACAGCAAUCUAAGGGAAAAGGAAUUGCUGAAGAUAGUGACACAGCUUCUGAUACUUAA